AUGUUUGGAAUGAUAACCCUGUACAUGGCAUUGAGGACGGCAGUCAUGAUUGUGCCUACAGACGAUACAAUUAAGCAGGCGACACAGGCGCCAAUUGCAAGUCCGCUCUACAACGACGUGAACACGAAUCACCUCAGCGUGGCCAAGAUCGUGACUGUGCUCGUGAAUGGGGAGCACCAGGACGAGGUGGACAAGAUUCCAGAGUGGAUUAAGUCGUAUGCGAGCCAGCAGGCUGGAAAUGCAAGUGGCGACAACUCCAAACAGUACAACCUGUUCACAGGAGAUGCCGUUUCUAAGUUUCCGGGAUGGACUGAGGACCAGAACAACAAUGUUUUGCACCAUGCGGUGGUUUGCGAGUUGAAGCAGGUUGGUCCAUGCCCAGAAGGUUACAAGAAGGUUUAUGUAGAUAAUUUCAGGCCAAGAACUGUAGAAGAGCUACAGACACUCCUGAAAUCUAACGACAAGACACCACGUGGUUCCAGUGUCAAGGAGACUGGCGCAACGAAGCAAAAGAACGAAGAUAGCAGCUCGGCUGAAUCAAAUCGUACUACAACUAAGCAGGAAUAA